GACCAGGAUGGCACAAGUCCCUUUACAAAACUGUGAAAUUUGUGAAAAAAAUGUUGGAAGACGAUAUUGUAUCGACUGCGAACAGUAUUUUUGUAAGACCUGUGAAGAGUUUCAUCUGAAGUCUAAAUCAUGCAGAAAUCAUGUAUUUCAAGAUUUAGAACAAAUAAACCCGGAAGAAAAAAAGGUAAAAUGCAAAGAACACAACGAAAAUAUGACCUAUUAUUGCACUACCUGUUCCAUGCUUGCAUGCAAGAUUUGCCUCCCAAAAAGGCAUACGAAACAUGAUUUUACCUUAACAAGCGAGGCAGCAUUCAAACUAAAAACAGACCUAAAGGAAAAGAUAGAACAGACGAAAAUAGUUGUCGGAUUAAUUGAACAACAGAGGACAACGCUUGAAGGUAAAACCAACAAAUUUAUAAGAUCGAACGAGAGAUUAAUACAAGCAAUCAGCCAGAAAGGGAGUGAAUUAAAGAACAUUGUUGACAAAAUUGUAUGUGAUAAAGUUGCUAAUGUAACAACGGAAGAGCAAGUCAAUCUACAAAAGAAAACCGACGAGGAACGUAUUUUGAAAGAUGCACAAGAAAAAGGAGAAAUGAUUGUUUUGAAAGUAACCAAUGCUGUUGAAAACCAAGGAGACACGAUUUUAUUAAAUUCGCACCAAGCACUACAGCAGGCCAUGCAAUCUAUGCCGGACAUCGUUAAGUCAGACAUGGAAUUUCCCGCUUUAACUUUCGAAGACGGAUUGUUGAAUGAGAUAACAUUGACCGAAAUGAUAGGGAGCGUGAUGAUAUCCAAAACAGCUCUGGACAGAGGAUUGGACAAAAAACACUUUACAGAAGGUGCUCGGCUACAAGUAAAGAAACACAUUCCGCCUACAACGUAUCCAAAUACGGCAUUAGUGAUAAAAAUUAAUUCAAAGACAACUCAUGUUGAAUUAAUAAACUUUCUAGAAACCAGAACAAAACUUGAUGUGGAGGAAGUAUACUUUGCUGAUAAGGAUUCGCACAAGGCUGUUGUAACAUUUUCUGGCCCAAUAGAUAUUGAAGAUAUUCAAACAGCUUGUAAAAAGAAGGCUUUAGAUGGAAACUACCUGACGGUUUAUCCUGUGGUUGUAACAAAUUGUAUUAUAGUCCGAGGUUUCAGCAAGAAGACGACGGAAAGUAAAUUGGAAUAUUACUUUGAUAAUAAAAGGAGAUCUGGUGUAGAUGGCAUUGCUGAUAUCAAAAUGAAUAAAGAUGAGGAUUACUGUUUGGUAUACUUCGAUAAUGCUGAAGAUGCUUUGUUGGCUUGUGAAAGAUCACAUACCAUUUAUAACUGUAAACUUAAUGUUGAGGUCUACUAUGAUUGUCUUGGUGUAUCAGUAGAUAGUGAAAGACUAAAGUUCAAACCAUUGCCUCCUUUAAUUCUGUCAGACAUCGACAUAUAUAAAGUUCAAUUCUUGGCCCGUUCUACACAAUAUAGAGAAAUGCUUGAACAACAGCUUGAGCUAAGUCAUGCUAAAAUAACGUGGCCAUCAUCCACGAGUGAUUCUAUGAUUGUUAUAGAGUGCACCUUAACCAAAGACACAGAAAACUGUAGAAAACUUACCAAGUCCUGGGAAGAGGAUAUCAGAAAGAAAUUAUGUACACAUGUUGAUGCAUUGGUUACAAAGAAACAUACUACACAACAGGAAACUUGGAAUGAUGUCAUGCUAAAACUACGACAAACUGAAAUUUCAGAUCCUAAAAGUGUUACCGUCACUGUGGAGAAACCACCUAUUUGUGGAAUUAUUAUUGUUGGUCAUGAAAAAGCAGUGAAAGAAGUUUCUGAUAUUAUAAAACAAUUCAGUAAUGAAAAUGCAUGACCAAAAGAAGAAACCUCAUAGAAUAACCAAAUUCAUCUUCGGUUAACUUUGCAUGAGGACCUUGGGUAGUAUAAACUGUAAUCGUAAAAAAAAUGUGUCUUGAGAAGAAACUUCACCAAGAAAAUUAGCUUUCUAUAAUAUCUUUGUUCUAGCCUUUCGCAUGUUAAUUUUUACAAAGAAACCACUGGUCCAAAUUCAACCAAACUUCGUCAAAAUAAUCAAUGGGGUUCUAGUUAUAAAAUUUUUUGAUGACUUAGCCUGCCGAAAAACAUGGCCGACAUGGCUACAAAUAGAACAGAGGGGUAAAAUGCAACUUUUGUUAAACCGCUAUAGAUAGAGAAAAUCCGACAAGGGCAAACAAGUUCAGAAUGAUCAGAUCUAAAUAAUGUCUAUUGUCGUUAAACAUCUUAUACGAGUUAUUGCCCUUAAACGACGGAUUUUACAAACUUUUUUGCUUUAUUGCCUUUUAUCUUGAAAAUUUUCAAAGAUAGACAGAAACUUUAACUAGCAUAAAUGAUAUGCAAAAUAAGAUCUACAUUGUAGAUUCUACAAAUAAGUAAAAUAUAACGGAAAUUGUCAGUCAACACCUUUUUGAAGUUAUUGGCCAUAUUGACAGUUUUUUUCUCAAAUUUGUUUUUGCCCUCUAACCCCUACUUUUCUUAUUUUAUUUACUUUAUUACAUAUAGUUUAAAAAGCCAUAUUUAAGAAUCUAAUAAAACCCUUGUUAAUUUUUCAUAGUUUUUGAAAGAAAAAAGGAGGCAAUAACAAAUGAAUGAAAAGUCUAAAAUGAAUCAUUUACAGUCAACUUUUCAAUUUCUUAUAUCUCAAAAACAAGGACACAGACCCUUCGUUUAGUUCUGUUAUUUAUAAACUAUCAAUGUAUAACAGUCUUUUAAAAAGCUUGUUAUUUUGAAACAAAGUACUGUAGCGAACAUCCUUAAUAGAUAGAUAGAAACUUUAAAUAGCAAAAAUAAUCAGCAAGACAAGAUCUACAAAUAAGUACGAUUAACGAAAUUAUUAGUUUACUCCUUAUUGAAGUUAUUGCCCUUUAAUGACGAUUUUUUUCCCCAAUUUUUGCUUUUUUUGUCUAUAAUCUUGAAAAUUAUAAUAGAUAGAUAAACACAUUAAAUGAAAAAAAAGAUCCCCAUGACAUGAUUUAUAAACAAGCCAAUAUGGCCAAAAUCUCAACUCAACUCAUUAUUGGAGUUAUUGCGCUUAAAUGAUAAUGUUUUCCAUUUUAUUUUGCAUGUUUUGCCUAUUAUCUUGAAAAGUAUUAUAGUUAAAUAGAAACUUUAAUUGA